AGCCUCUUCCUGAAAGCCCUGCUCGCUCCGAUACAGGAAGUGGAAGCGAGCGAACCGCCCGGAGCGCGGCCGCGGCGGCUGCUCCACUUGGCGCGGGGCUGGCGGCGGCGCCGGCCCGGGCCCUUCCCACGGGCCAGCGCCAAGGGCAUGUGGGCGCCGGGGCCACCGCGGCCCGCCAGUCCCUACGCCUGAGACUUUCCGUCUUCUGCCUCGCAGCUGCUUGCGGCAUGAUCCGACGGGCCGGGGCGCCCGCGCGCGGGGACCCCGCGGGUUCCAUUUCAGAUGUUGGCAAAGGAGAGGGCGAGGAAGACGAGGAGGAAGGUGGUGUGGGGCUCUGUCGGCCAGCCACCCAGAAGAAUUGCCUUCCCCACCGGGGCAUCAGCGUCCUGGAGAAACUUGUCCGAACGUGCCCAGUGUGGCUGCAGCUGAACAUGGGCCGGGAGGAGGCGGCAGGGAUCUUGCAGCGUGAGGCCACCGGGAUGUUCCUGGUCCGUAAGGACGGCAGCUUGAAGCACCUGGUUCUCUGUGUCCACUUUCCUUCCCAGAACAAGGGCUCGUCCGAGGUGCUUGAAUACACCAUUAAAGAAGAGAAAUUGAUCUUGUACCUGGAAGGCUCGGUUCUUGUGUUUGAGGACAUCUUCAGACUGAUCGCCUUCUACUGCGUCAGUAGAGACUUACUGCCCUUCACGCUGAGGCUACCCCAGGCCAUCCUCGAGGCUCGCAGCUUCACAGACCUGGAGACCAUCUCCAACCUGGGCCUGGGCUUCUGGGACUCCGCGAUGAACCCCCGGCGAGCCGCGUGGAGCCCAGCGGAGCCCCCUGGAGACCCAGCCCCCGGGGGAGCACCCUCAGCCUCCAGCCUCAGGCCCACGGCCCAUUACGCAAACUGUUCCUGCGAAAUCGAGCUGGCAGUAGGAAAUGACCACCUGUGGUUCGUGAACCCUGUCUUCAUGGAAGACUGCUGCAGCGCCCAGUCCACUGACCCGCCACCCCCUGGAAGCUGCCCUGUGUGCCUCUUGCCCCCCGCCUCCGAAGCUACCUCACCCACCUCCCGGUGGGCCCCACGCCGCCCCCCACCCCCGCCCCCAACGCCCCCUGUCAAUCUCUCCGGCCCAGCCCGGCCUCCUCCUCUCUCCCCUCCUCCGCUCCCUGCUCCUGCUCCUGCUCCUGCUCCUGCACUCGCUCCCACACCCCCAGUUUCUGCCCCCCACCUGGCACCCCAUGCCUCAGGCCCCCCAGACCUUCCAAGCCAGCCACCCAUGACAGCCUGCAAGAGUCUCCCAUGCCCCACCCCAGGCCUGGGCCCCCUCAGGGAGGAAGAGAUGAAGCAGGGAGCCGCCCCCAGCCCCUUGCAGCAGGCCCCGGCCCAUCCACCGCUCUCGAAGAAGAGACUUCCUGCUGUACCCCCUAGACGUCACCUCUCCGAGAGGGUCUCCUUAGAGGACCUCAGCUCGAGGAAAGCAGACAAGGGGGUGGCAGCAGAGGGGGACCAGCUGGGCAAUUCCAGAGCAACCUUGCUCAGCCUGCCUCUCCAGGGGACCUCAGACAGUCCUGGGGACAGGCCUCCGAGGACCACGGAGCAAGACCAGGAAGCAGAGGCCAAAGCCAGUGACCUGGGCAGCAUACAGGAGCCUCCAAGGAAGACCAGGCAGCCUCCAGUGCCGCCCCCCAGGAAGAAACGCAUCUCCCGGCAGCUGGCCUCCAACCUCCCGAGUCCCUUGGAGAGCACUGAGCGCUCCACAGAGGAGGUGGCCCCUGAGAAGCCCCCUCCUGAGCCACCCAAGGAAGGCCCAAGCCCUGCCCCCCAAGCUGGGACUCAGAGCCUCCAUGCCCAGGCCAGGGCCCAUCCCCAGAGCUCCCCAGAAUUCAGAGGCUCCCUGGCCUCCCUCUCAGACAGCCUUGGUGUGCCUGCCUCUGCUGCAGACCAGGACUCCUAUUCAACCAGCAGCACAGAGGAGGAACUGGAACAGUUCCUCAGCCCCAGCGUGAAGAAGAAGCCGUCGAUGAUCCUGGGCAAGGCACGGCACCGGCUGAGCUUGGCGAGCUUCACCAAUGUCUUCCAGGCCUUCCUCUCCAGCAACCGAAAGCUGUACAAGAAGGUGGUGGAGCUGGCGCAGGACAAGUCCUCAUACUUCGGCAGCCUGGUGCAAGACUACAAGGUGUACAGCCAGGAGAUGAUGACGCACCAGUCCUCCAGCACCGAGAUGCUGCAGGAGAUCCGCACCAUGAUGACCCAGCUCAAGAGCUACCUGCUGCAGAGCACCGAGCUCAAGGCCCUAGUGGACCCUACCCUGCACAUGGAGGAGGAGCUCGAAGCGAUUGUGGAGUCCGCCUUGUACAAAUGUGUCCUGAAGCCCCUGAAAGAUGCCAUCAACUCCUGUCUGCACGAGAUCCACAGCAAGGACGGCUCGCUGCAGCAGAUCAAGGAGAACCAGCUGGUGGUCCUAGCCACCACCACCACCGACCUGGGCGUGACCACCAGCGUGCCGGAGAUGCCCAUCAUGGAGAAGAUCCUGCAGAAGUUCUCCAGUAUGCACAAGGCCUACUCACCCGAGAAGAAGAUUGCCGUCCUGCUCAAGACCUGCAAACUCAUCUAUGACUCCAUGGCCCUCGGCAACCCAGGCAAGCUCUACGGGGCUGAUGACUUCCUGCCCGUGCUCAUGUAUGUGCUGGCCCGCAGCAACAUCACGGAGAUGCUCCUUGACGUGGAGUACAUGAUGGAGCUCAUGGACCCGGCCCUGCAGCUGGGGGAGGGUUCCUACUAUUUGACCACCACUUACGGAGCCCUGGAGCACAUCAAAAACUACGACAAGAUCACGGUGACCCGGCAGCUGAGCGUGGAGGUGCAGGACUCCAUCCACCGCUGGGAGCGCCGGCGCACGCUCAACAAAGCUCGCGCCUCCCGCUCCUCCGUGCAGGACUUCAUCUGUGUGUCAUACCUGGAACCUGAGCAGCAGUCACGGACGCUGGCAUCGCGGGCGGACACGCUGGCCCAGGCGCUGUGCGAACAGUGCGCUGAGAAGUUCGAGGUGGCGCAGCCUCAGGACCACCGGCUCUUUGUGCUGGUGGAUGGGCGCUGCUUCCAGCUGGCGGACGAGGCGCUGCCCCACCACAUCAAGGGCUAUCUGCUUCGAAGUGAACCCAAGCGUGACUUCCACUUCGUGUACCGGCCCCUAGAUGGUGGUGGGGGCAGUGGGAGCCCACCCUGCCUCGUUGUUCAGGAGCCCAACUUCCUGUGAGGCCUCCACCCAAUGGCAGUAGUUAGGGAGACUGGCCCUAGGGCAGAGGAAUGGGCAAGCCGGGCUCACACUCGCUCAUCCCUAGUCACCCACAGCCACAUCCACUCAUACAUGCGCAUGCCCGUGUUGUCUGAGCAUACUGGUGCACAACUGGAUACACACAGAUGGACACACACUCCCAGCAUGGAUGCUUACACACGCGCACACGAGUACAACCCACUGAGCGUGCCUAGACCAACCUCCCAGGACAAUUGUGAAUAAAAUGAAGCAGCAGCCAAAGACGCUUCCUGAGGGAGAGGCAUAGCACUGGGAGGCCACUGAGGCAAAUUUCUUCACUAGCCAGAAAGGGAAACUGAGGCCCAGAGAGGGAAGGGACUCUCCAACCAGUGCAGCAAACAAAGCCCACACCACCCGCUGUUCACACACAGUCCCUCUCCCACCCCCGUGCCCAGCCCCAUCUUCAGUC